AAACCAAAAGGGUGUGUGAACGGAAAAAAUGUAAAAGCUGCGUAAGGAGCGAUGUGAAUUAAUGAGAAAUUAGAGGGAGAGAGAGAGAGAGAGAAGAGAGAGAGAGAAUAUGGAAAUGAGAGUAAGACCAGAGAGUGAGGAAGGGUGGUGACAAAGUGAGGAAGAUAGAGUAAGAGACAUUUGUAUCAACAUAUUGCAACGUUGAAGUCCUAUGUUACGGACGUCGUCAAGUGCGAGAGACCAUGGAAACUAUACCAGUCGAUGAACCUUUAUUUACCAAAGUAGCAUCAGAUGUUCUCGGCUCAGAAGGCCCUGUCUUUGAUAAAUCAGGUUGUUUUUACGUUGUUGCUCCUGAAGUCGAAAAAAACAAUAAACCAGCCGGUCAGAUAUUGUGUGUGAAUUUGAAAACAAAUAAAAAUGCCAUUCUCUGUGAACCUGAAAUCGAUGGUUAUGGUGGAAUCCCUGCAGGGUGUCAGUUUGAUCGCCUUGAUAACCUCUUUGUGGCUGACAUGAGACUUGGUUUGCUUCAAGUGAAACUCGAUGGAACAUAUAAACAGGUUGCAACAUGUGAUUCGACUGGUCAGUGUAUGCAAGGCUGCAAUGACUGUGCUUUUGAUUAUCAAGGAAAUCUUUGGAUUACAGCUCCAGCAGGAGAUAUUGCCCCAGCACCAUUCAGGCGAUCAAUGGAGGAACCAUUUGGCAGUGUCUACUGCUACACAAAUGGAGAAAUGAUUAAAAUUGACACAGGUCUACAGUUUCCCAAUGGAAUUGCAGUCUUACAUCUGAACGAUGGGCAACCUCAAAAGUUGAUUGUAGCAGAAACUCCGACAAAACGUCUCUGGAGUUAUGACAUUGAAGCUCCAGGAAAGGUUUCAAAUAAGAAAGUCUGGGCCACUAUACCAGGUGAUCAUGAGGGUGGUGCAGAUGGCAUGGACUUUGAUAACGACAACAACCUACUUGUAGCCAACUGGGGCAGUGGUCACAUAGAAGUCUUCAACUCAGAAGGUGGAAAUCCAAUACAAAGAAUCAAAUGUCCUUUUGUAAAACCAAGCAACAUUCAUUUCAAGCCACGUUCAAAAACUUUGUAUGUCACAGAACAUGAAAACCAUGCUGUUUGGAAAUUUGACUGGUAUCGAAAUGGUAAAAUGCAAUACUGUGAAAUGAAGAGUUUCUAAAAUAAAUAAAUAAAUAAAUAAAUAAAAUAAAAAAUUAUUCUUUCACAUUCCUUAUAAGAAUUAUUUACAAAUUUCAAGACAACGAUGCAGCUGAGAGUUUCAUCUCAGAUUUAACUGUGUCAAUGUUGAGUUUUGUUAUUCUAUUCCCCCAACAACUUUUCUUUAUACUGAUACUUUAGAUACAUUUUUAUGACGAACGUGUAUAUGAGCACAAGUGUGUGUGUGUGCGCCAAAAAAAUUUUUAAAUUUGUUAAAAAAAUGAAAUACAAUAAAUUGGCUAAAUUCGAGAUUUGCAUUAUUCAGCUAAUACUACAUAAAGAUAGAAGUACAAGUCACAUAUGAUUGGGCUUUUUUUUAAAAAUAAAUUUAGUGCCUAUACCUGUUAUUUAGUCCCAAGUGAGCCCAAACUGGGUAGAUCUAUGAUCAAAUACAUUCUAUCCCUUGAUCACAUUAAUAAUGUGUCUUUCCCUUUUUAAGAUGGUAUGGUGUAAUUUGAAGAUUUGUGAUCUAUUUUUAGCAGACCAAGUCACCAUAUGCAGGCUCCCCUCAUUGGUUUGGUAACUAUAACUUUGUUAGUUCUAUAAGGUGGUGUUGCAAAUGCACCCACUAGAAUAUUUGUGAAGCAGUGUAAAUGCUUUGAACAUCAUGCUGAAAAACUGGGUUUGCACCCUGCGAGCAAAUUUCAUUCCCGUACUUAGGUUAUAUCUCUUUCUAACAAUACCACAUCUUUGAAAUUAAUUUCAAAAUUAAAUAAUAAUUACUGCCAGUUUAUUUUUUGUCUUUUCUAAUUAAAAUAGUUUGACACUAUUUCUAAAUCCAGUGUUCAUUAAUUAAUUGCUAAUGUUUUCGUUUUAGAGAAUCUAAAAAAUUUUAUCAUUGGAAAAGACAUUUAUUAAUUCCCAGACUCACAAUUCCUAAAAUUUAGAAAUAAACAUCCUAUGAAGUAUUAAAUAUAAAAUACAAUUGGAACGAACCCAUCUCCCUAAUAUAACUUUACCUCUCCAAUGUAAUAAAUAGUCACCAGAUAAGUUGUUUAAUCUAGAAUAGAAGAAUUAAAGGUAAAAAUAACUAUUUCUUCUACUAAGACGACAAAAAAGAGGGGAAAAUCUGAUUUAAAAAAAUUUUUUUUAUGUAUUGAACUAAGGUACCUGACAAUGUCUAGUUUGGUGCUUCCUGUUCCUACUUCCAAAUUAUUUCAGUGUUAG